AUGGUUCUUGUUCGCAAUCAACGCACCCUGUGCAGUGCUGUGGCCUGCCAGCCAGGGGAGCUGAGGCGCCUAACGGGGUUGGGGCGGACUCGGAGUUUCGAGUUGCCACCAACGCCACCUCCGCCCAGCUCCCCGGCGCUCACCCGAAUCCCCCCACGGCCCCCCACGCCGCGUCCAGCUGCCCGUCCCGGGCGCCAACUUCUCCCCCGAAUCCGGAACAGCGCGGGCUGGAGGCGUCGCCGGGGCCGAGAGCCCCCUCCCAGGGCGCCUGAGCCCCGCUACCAGGUGGGGUCUCCUCCCACGGGCGGCCUCGGCCCGGGAGAUCCCAGACGGGUGCUGGGUGCAAUGUCACUGGGGCCGCUCAGGGGACCGCUGCUCCGGACCCGGCGUAGGAUCCCAGCUGAGCUCCCUCCCGGCAGCGACUCCAGUAACCGCGGAAGACCCCUGAGCCCGAGCCUCCUCCCAGCCCUCCUUCGUCUCCGAAAGACUCCGGGGGUCGACGCGGCGAGGGAUGGGGUCUCCCUUAGUGUCUUCCUCCCGGCGCCUGGGGUCCUCAGUCCCACGUCCACUGUCACACCCUCCAGCCCUUCCGUUCCCGGGUCUGGACAGUCACCGCUCCACUCGGAGAACACACACCAAACUGCCCGAGCCCCAACUCUGGCGGACGCAGCCCCCGCGCCCCGGAGCAGUGCCGGGCUGGGCGCGCGCACUCACCGCGGCUGCAGACACGCUGGAGUUUCCGGGCUGCGGGCACGAGGGGGCCCCGAGGAGCAGCCCAGGGCGAGGGUGCCUGGAACCCUCGCUCCCUCCGCGGCUCACGUCGCCUCCUCCUGCUUUCUCUCCUCCUCUUCUUCCUCCUCUCCCUCCCCCCUCUGGUCUAGGGCUCUUUGUCUUUGCAAAGUGUCGGGACUGUCUGGCAUCGUGGGGCUCCGCGGCGGAGGCUGGAGCCCGGGAAGCGGGGAGGCGGGCUGA